UCUCUUUCUUCUCUAGUUCUUCCCCAUUUUCAACUUCUCGAACACAACCAAACACUGUGUCUAAGAGCAUCAUCGAAACCCUAAUUCUCAUGGAAGAUUAUUCAAACUCAAAUAUUUUACCCUAACUUUCGAGGAGUAUUGGAAGUGUUUUGGAGUAAUGACAAUGGCUAGUUCUGGGGAUAUUGAAGAGAUUAUUUCAAAACUUUCAUCAGAUAAAGUUAAAACUCGAGAAGAAGGAAUUAAGCUGUUGAGUAAUUGGUUAGAAGGAGAAAGAUCGUUUGGAUUCUGCAAAAUUCUUAGUCGAAAUACUGCGAAACUCAAACCUAACGAGAUUCCUCACUCAAAAACCUGGCCGUUCCUUAUUAGGGUUCUCAUUGGAUGUAUUUCGUCUGAGAUAUCUAUGAGCAAGAAGCGUCCACCAAAGCUGAUUUUUGCCAAAACUCUUCGCAUUGCGAUUCAACAGGCUGAGGAUACAAAAUUUUCAGGCAAGAUGCAGCUCUUAUUAUCCGUUGUCAAGUCACUGUUUAGUCACAUAUGGGAUGUCUUGAGGGAUGUUCCAAGCUACCAGUCUGAAUACGGGAUCAUUCUCCGACAUCUUAUCGCUGUAAAAGAUUAUAGAUUUCAUAUGAGGAAGCGGGUUUAUUGUGGUCUAGUUCUCUUGUAUUUGGGGAAGGUGGAAACUAGUUUAGAUGGAAAAAGCAACAUUCAAUCUAACCCAAAAGAAGAAGUGUUUCGCUGCAUCCUGACUUUGCACUCCUUACUAGAAAAUCCUCCUGGGGAUUUCCCAGAUAAUCUUCGAGAAGACAUUGUGAAGGGGUUUGUUGGGAUUUUCUUGCACAUAAGGGAUGAGGGGAAGAUCUCUCGCAAGCUUAUUGAGUGCAUUAACACAUACUUGUGGAAGGAUGGUCCCAAUCUGGAUUCUGAGCCAAUGGAAAUCCAUUCUGCUGUGCAAGAAUUUGUAUUUCGUUGUUGGCUCACGACUCAUGAUCGUGCUCUGAAGGACGCACUUGUCCUUUAUGCAACAUUGCAGUUAAAAUUAAUCAGAACUGCUGCUGAUGGGGGUCAUCUGGUAGAACAACUUCUAGAUAUUGUUGGCAAGGAUUUAGAUCAAAGCAAUAUAGCUAGCUCUGCGGUACUAUGGGGUGACACAUGUAGGGAUGAUAAGCUUGGAACGUUGACGAACUUACGUUGCGGUCUCUUGGAGCUUGCUGCUUCUCUAUUUUACAGGGCAUGUGUAAAUAUAGGUAGUUCCAAGGCAUCAAAUUCUGAGAAACGACCUAGAAGGGAGAAUGCUGCUACCCGUCUAAGACAGGGUCUGAUGAAAGGGAAAUGGUUAUGGAAUGGUGCCUUUUGUUUUCUUGUCCAAAACUAUAAUUCUCGUAUCCCUAAGGAUUUUCUUAUCUACUGGUUUGAGGGCAUCUGUCAAAGUUUUGAGAGGAUUUUGAACGAUGGAAAUAAAGAACACUCAUACGAUGGUUUGCUGUGGGUAUUGCGGAGCCUGCAGGAGCUCUGCUCUAUCCGUUUGCUUCCUAUUUCAAGGGCUGAUGGUGCACAUAGUUCGUCUCCUCCACAAAAUGAGGUUAAUCUUGGAGCCAGUUGGAGCAGAAUAUGGAGCUCUUUGAUUCACGGGCUACCUAUAUUCAGUAAUGUGACUUCUGUUGCAGAUGCUGCUUUAACGCUGCUUGGAAAUAUUAUUUCAAAUGAGCUAGUACAGAUACCUAUUGUACCUCAUGAUGUGUGGGACCUUCGCUUAUUUAAGCACAUACCAUCAACGUCAGCAUUGUACUUCAUUGCCUGCUAUUUUUCAAGAAAAGGUUCACAGGGUGACAUACGAGACAUUUUACAUCUCAGGCAAAAUCUUUUAAGAUCAGUUUUGGGAUUACUUAACUGGAAGGAAAGCUUUUUGCUGAAUGAGUCUUUGAUGAUGCUAUUGCCAGCUGCUAUGUUUUCCCUUUGUGGGGGUUCUGCUCCUUUUCCUCAUCGCUGCAAGGACCCUUUCCUUUCAAACUCUAUUACUGAUCCUUCUGAAGAUGCUGAGGAUUUAUAUAAGGGGGAGGAACAUGACCAAAAUCUUCUCAGUGGACCUGUUGAAUGUUCAGUGGAAGUCUUAGCUGAAAUUAAGCCUAUUUCUUCUGUAGAGUUGUUUCAAUCUGAAUCCCACCAUAGAGUACGUCUCCCCCGUCAAGUAUGGAUUCCCUUAUUUCAAGAGUUGGAAAACCACAUUCUUUCAGUUGUUAUGGAUAAGGAGAUUGAAAAGAUGCUUCUUCCGGAACUCUUCUUCUUGAGCGGUCUCUUAUGCAACUGCAUUCAUGGCUCACUUCUAACACGGUUAAUAGAUGCAAAUUCAUCCUUCGUCACCAAAAUGUGCGAGCUUUUAGUAAGAUUGCUCCAGCAUGCUGUUUCUGUCAUUAACGAAAACAUAAAUAGUAUCCGAAGACAUGGUUGUGCUGGCUCUAGUCUCAUUCUUGAUGGAACAGGGUCCACUCUAGUUUCUCUGAAGAGUUUGAUUUGUUCUCCAGUUUUUAGUAGUGGGAAAGAUCAAAAUAUUUUUGCUGAUGUACUUUCUGGAGCUAUUGUACAUGCUGUUGAGAAGCUUUUAAGGGCCUUCGCAAAACUAUUUGAGCAAUUUGGUGAUGGCUCAAGGAGUGAAUAUUCUGAUAUAGCCACGGCGGAGUUGUUUUCUGCCUCUGAAACUUGUCCACAAGGUUCUUAUCUGCUGGGUGGCAAUAGGGCAAGGAUUGUUGAUAUGGAAUUGGACGUGAAUGAGGAUUCUAAAGAUAAGGAUUUCACUAGCAAGGUUAUAGUCACUCCCCUUUCUUCUGUGAAGUGGAAGGUUGACAUGAUCUCAGUGAUGACAAAUUUUUUCACCGUAUUACCUGUUAUUACAUGGGAAAUCUUGUUUGAUCUGAUGCACAAGGAAAAUGAUUCUGAGGUCUCUGAAUAUAUUCUGUAUAUUCUCUGUAAACAUCUUUCAGGCUCCUCAUUUGCCAAGCUCCCGGACUUGGUGAUUUCUGUGAAUAAAAUGAUUGAAGUGAGAGUGUCUCUUAAACUCUGUUGUGUUAAUAUAUUAACUGCCACACGUGGUUUGCUUGGAAACCUAAUAUCAUCAGGCUAUGGUGGAAAGAAUAAAAAGUUAAAUUUAUUACAUACACCUGGUAGACCAUUUGAACAGAGUGUAGAAUCUCUCCGCGACAUGGUAAUCAAAAUUGGGGAAUAUGAUCUGCUUGACUGGCCUGGACGUGCUAAACUGAUCGACUGCAUAUGCAAUUUCAUUAUACUUGACCCUUCUAUUGGCCAGGUAAUGAUCGAAAAGCUUCUUACAAUGCUUCAAGAUUGUGAUUAUCGAGUUAGGCUGUUCUUGGCUAGGCGGAUUGGAGUUCUUUUCCAGACUUGGGAUGGUCAUAAUGAGCUCUUUCAAGAUGUCUGUUCCAACUUUGGCGUCAAGUUGGUGAUGCCUUCAUCGAAAGCACCUGUUACUGCAGCAGAGGUCCUAGCUGCAGGUCCUCAUCCUCGUCCAGCAAUGGAGACAAUUAUUAUUACUUUGGCACAUCUUGCAUUUCACAGUGAAAAGAUCGAACUAGAGGCCAUUUUCAUCAUUUGUGUCAUAGCAGCAAUUGAUCCUUGUCAGAGGGAAUUGGCUUUUGCCGUACUUGAUAAUUUGUCAAGUAAACUCCAAUACACAACUAGAUCCAAGUACCUAGACCAACUUAUGGGAGUCAUUCUCUUUUCUUGGGUUGCCUGCAGAGUAAGCGUAGCUGCACUUAUGGAGAUACGGGAUCUUUUUAUUCUCAAGUCAGAACCUAGUUACUUCAUGCAGUAUUGCUGUCCGUGGCUACUUCCAGCUCUGAUUCUGAGCGGGGACACUACUAAUCUGAAGUGGGUUGCUAAGGUUGCUGGUCAAUCUUUGGCAGUUCUUGUGAAAAGCCAUUUUGUGCCAAUUUUUGGUGUCUGUAUGGCAUUGCAUGGCAGUAAGAAGCUGGGAAGUGAAAAAGGAGCUGUAGUACUUCAGAGUUCCAUAUUAAGUAUUGCCGAGAUUUCUGAGCUUGAACGAGACAAUCUCAUUAAGCAACAUAUGGUGUCCAUUGUUGGCUUCAUUCUGUCACUUUCUUCUUCUGCUUCAGGACCUGGCAUGCCAUUUUUCUCCAUGGAUGUUAUUGUGAAAGCAAUACAAACAGUUGUUGAUGGAUUCUUGGAUAUGGAGCAGUGCCCUUCAAAUGUUGGCAUUGUUGACAAAAUCAACAUAUUUCGUGCUGAUAGAGUCUUUAAGUUCAUAGUAGAUAUGCAUUACGAAGUUACUGCUGCUAUUCAUCAUCGACAUAGGUGCCAUCGGUUUUCUGGACUUGAGGCCCUUAUCACCGUCAUAGGCCAUAGAGCUGCAAUUUCAAGCACUUCCAACUACCUUUUCAACUUAGUUGGGCAGAAUAUUGGAGAUCAUGCUUUACAGGAGCAGUGCUGUCUUAUUUUGUCCAUGUUGCUCGAGGCAUUCAAAAAUAACCCCUCUAAAGAUGCAAUGUGUGUGCUUGGAGAACAACUUCAGUUUUUGGUGUCGAAAUUGGUGUCAUGUUGUAUCCCGUCUGAAAACAAGGGAGAUCUUCCUAGUUCCCCAUCUUCUCAAGUCAUGUGUUUGCUUCGGCAGUUAAUUGUAGAUUCCGACCCCUCGCUUUAUGAUUACAUCAGAGAGCUGGAACCUUUUCCAGAGAUUGACGGCUUUGAUGAUAUUCGAGAGUUUCAUCAGGAACUUUGCAAAGACUAUUCCACAAGAGAUCACUUCUUGAAGUUUGUCAGAAGAACAUCAUACCUUCCUCAGAGAUUAGUUUUAUGGAGUCUUCAAACGUUACAUAAGAAGCUGCUUAUGGGUGAAAUUAUUCAACCAGAGAAGAAUGUGGAAAAUGCAGUGGGUCAGUACAAUUGCUGGCAUUGUGAACCUGAACUUGUAUCUUCUGUCUGGACUCUAAUUCGGAUGUGCGGUUCUAAUGAUGCUAUCGAUAUAAGAGCAUUGGUGUCGGAUUUCAUUUCUAGGGUUGGCAUUGGAGAUCCGCAUGUGGUAGUUUUCCAUUUGCCAGGUGAUUCCAGUCAAAUGUCUCUUUCUCAAUCGCUUGAACAGGGUGGUGCUACAGAAGUUGGGUUUAAUUCUGACACUGGACUACCUGAAGAACUCCUUAUCACACUUGUAAGGCUGUUAAAGAAGUAUCUACUCGACGAAUCUGUUAACAUAAUAGACAUGACAUCACGAGCUCUUCGGGGGAUAUUAUCAACGGAAAGGGGACAAAGAGCUCUGCUAUCACUGGAUUCUUACGAGAGGUCUCUUAUUAUGGUGCACUCAAAAGGGGUUAAUAUGCAACUUGUUGAGAAGUUGCUAUCACAGUCAGGAAAAACAUCAGCUGAAACAAUUCCACUGGAGAAUUCUUCUCUAUGGAAGACCCUUGGGAAAACGUACGAGACUUGGAUCUGUCCUCUUGUUCAUUCACUUAUUGAGCAUACUGAUGAUAUGAUUUUAAGAUUAUGUCAAGAUAUUGUUUUGAUGAAGGAUGAACUUGCGGAGCUACUAUUGUCACAUGUCUUGGUGAACUUAGCGAGAACGAAGGGUUCACAAGUUGAUCUUUGUAAAUUAAUCUCCUCGCAGGUCCAAGAAAACAUCUUUACGGAGUCUAAUGAACUGAUCAAAUCAGUUCAGGUUAUGCUGGAUGCACUAAAUGAAACCAGACUAUAUUAUGUCAUGGAAAGAGGGGGCAUUUCCUCAGCACCACUCAAGCGAGAUAGUCCGAAGUAUGAUAAACCAUCCAGUUAUACCUCUAGGUCUCGCUCCACUUCUGAAAAAUCCAAAGCUUUAUCAGCUACUUCGAGUUCAACGCCGAUAUCAACCCAAACAUGGGAGAAAGUAUAUUGGCUUUCAAUUGAUUAUCUUCUUGUUGCUAAAGCGGCCAUUCACUGUGGCUCAUAUUUCACUGCUGUUAUGUAUGUGGAGUACUGGUGUGAACAACAAUUCAAUUGCCUAACAUUAGGAAGCCCUGAUUUUUCACCUAUUGAGAUGCUCUCACAACACAUCGAGAUACUUAUAUCAGCAGUCACACAGAUCAACGAGCCUGAUAGCUUAUAUGGGAUCGUCCAAUCAUACAAGUUGAAAUCUCAAAUCAUUACCUAUGAACAUGAGGGUAAUUGGAGUAAGGCUCUUGAGUAUUAUGACUUGCAAGUGCGAUCUGUGCCAGCAGGGCAGUUAGAAGGCUCUCAACGCAAUUUGUUGCAGGAGCAUUCUCACGGGUCUCAUCAGCUUCCCUUUCCUAAAUCUGAAGCUGAUAUCCAUCAAAAGAAAUCUUACAAAGGGCUUAUGAGAUCUUUGCAGCAAACAGGUUGCACUCAUUUACUAGAGUUAUAUUGUCAGGGAUUGACUUCUCAGAGUAGCCAGUUUGAACAUGAUUCAGAAUUCACCGAAUUACAGUAUGAAGCUGCCUGGCGUACUGGAAAGUGGGACUUUUCCUUACUUCAUGUGGAAGUUAAUUAUCAAGCGACCGGAAAACACAAUAAAAUUGAUCAUUUUAAUGAAAACCUGCACAGCUGUUUAAAGUCAUUACAAGAGGGGGACUCCGAUGAGUUUUACAAGAAGCUUAUAGAUUCAAAGCAGGGACUUGUUUUAUCGAUCCAUCAUGCAAGCAAAGAGAGUACUGAAUAUAUCUACUCCACAAUAGUUAAACUUCAGAUCUUAAACCAUCUUGGCAUGGCUUGGGACUUACGGUGGAAUCCAUCUUCUCGUAAAGAAACAAGAUUGUAUUUUGAGAAGCCAAAAGUUCUUUCUGAACCUACCAUUCCUGCCAUGGAUCAGAUGGAACUGCUGAAUAUGGAUUGGAGAUUCAUUUUGAAUCAGACACAAGUUCAUAUGACUUUGUUAGAACCGUUUAUCGCAUUCAGGCGAGUUCUACUUCAAAUUUUGAAUUGCAAGGACUCCACAAUACAACAUCAUUUGGAAUCUGCUUCCACUCUUCGUAAGGGCGGUAGAUUUUCCUUAGCUGCUGCAGCUUUACACGAGUUUAAGUUACUCAGUUCUGGAACUGAAGGACAAAAUUCAACUUCAGAUAUAUGUUUGAUGGGAAGGCUUGAAGAAGCUAAGUUGCUACGUGCCCAAGGUCAACAUGAGAUGGCUAUUAAUCUUGCAAAAUACGUCUUACACUAUAACAAGGUGAAGAGAGAGGCUUCAAAUGUAUAUCGGUUGGUUGGAAAGUGGUUGGCUGAAACUCGAUCUAGCAACUCAAGGACAAUUUUGGAGCAGUACCUUAAACCUGCAGUGGAGCUCGCUGAGCCUAAAAAAAGUGUAGACAAGAAGUGUAUACAGAGACAGUGCCAAACACAUUUUCAUCUUGCACACUAUUCUGAUGCUCUAUUUAGAAGUUAUGAAGAAAGGCUCGUCUCUAAUGAAUGGCAAGCAGCAUUGCGACUGAGAAAGCACAAGACAAAGGAGCUUGAAGUACUUAUCAAACGACUAAAAACUUCAACAAAGGCAGAAAAGAUGGAUUUGUCGAUAAAAAUACAGGAAUUGCAAAAGCAGCUCACGAUGGAUAAGAGGGAGGCUGAAAAGCUGCAGGAUGACAGGGACAAUUUCCUCACCUUAGCAUUGGAGGGAUAUCAACGUUGUUUGGUCAUAGGAGAUAAAUAUGACGUCAGAGUGGUGUUUCGACUUGUUUCUCUGUGGUUCAGUCUGUCUUCAAGGCAAAAUGUUGUGAAUGCCAUGCUUAGUGCAGUGAAGGAAGUCCAGUCUUACAAAUUUAUUCCAUUGGUUUAUCAAAUUGCAUCGAGAAUGGGUAGUUCGAAAGAUGGACAAGGGCGGCAUAGUUUUCAGUAUGCUUUGGUCUCUCUUGUGAAGAAGAUGGCCAUUGACCAUCCGUACCAUACAAUACUGCAGCUUCUGGCCCUAGCAAAUGGUGACCGAGUCAAGGACAAACAACGCAGUAGAAACUCAUUUGUGGUGGACAUGGAUAAGAAGCUAGCAGCUGAAAAUCUUUUAGACGAAUUAUCUGCACACUAUGGUGCUAUUAUUAGACAGAUGAAGCAGAUGGUGGAGAUAUACAUUAAACUGGCUGAGUUAGAAACAAAGAGAGAGGAUACAAACAAAAGGAUACCGCUACCUAGAGAUAUCCGAAGCCUUCGACAACUGGAACUUGUACCUGUAGUGACAGCUACAUUCCAAGUGGACCCUAGCUGUCAGUACCCUGAAGGAUCUUUUCCGCACUUCAAGGGAUUAGCCGAUUCUGUCAUGGUAAUGAAUGGUAUAAAUGCUCCAAAGGUGGUCAUAUGCAUGGGCUCUGAUGGUCGCAAGUAUCGUCAACUAGCAAAAUCUGGAAAUGACGACCUACGACAAGAUGCUGUCAUGGAGCAGUUUUUUGGUUUGGUAAACACUUUUCUGCAGAACCACCGCGACACAUGGAGAAGGAGAAUAGGAAUUCGCACAUACAAGGUGGUUCCAUUUACCCCAAGUGCUGGUGUCCUUGAGUGGGUCGAUGGCACUAUUCCACUCGGGGAAUAUCUUUUGGGAAGCUUAAAGAAUGGAGGUGCACAUGUGCGUUAUGGAGUAGGAGACUGGUCAUUUCUUCGAUGUCGUGAGUAUAUGGCUAAGGAAAAGGACAAGCUCAAGGCUUUUCAGACUGUCUGUGAGAAUUUCAGGCCUGUCAUGCACUACUUCUUCUUGGAGAGAUUCUUGCAACCAGCUAAUUGGUUUGAAAAGAGACUCUCUUAUACACGAAGUGUGGCAGCUAGUUCAAUGGUGGGUUACAUCGUUGGGCUUGGUGAUCGACACUCGAUGAAUAUUCUCUUAGAUCAAGCCACUGCAGAAGUAGUUCAUAUUGACCUUGGAGUUGCGUUUGAACAAGGCUUAAUGCUCAAAACACCUGAGCAGGUCCCAUUUAGGCUAACAAGAGAUAUUAUAGAUGGUAUGGGAGUCACUGGAGUUGAUGGCGUCUUUAGAAGAUGUUGUGAGGAAACUCUAUCUGUUAUGAGGACCAAUAAGGAAGCACUGCUAACCAUCAUUGAAGUUUUCAUCCAUGAUCCUCUCUAUAAAUGGGCUUUGUCUCCUCUGAAAGCUUUGCAACUUCAAAAGGAAUCGGAAGAUGAUAUCACAAUCUUGGAAGAUUCACAAGAUGUGUACGAAGGGAAUAAGGAUGCUGCUCGUGCGUUAAUGCGUGUGAGACAGAAGUUGGAUGGGUAUGAAGAGGGUGAAAUGAGAAGUGUUCAUGGACAGGUUCAACAACUUAUACAAGACGCCAUUGACUCGGAGCGUUUAUGUGAAAUGUUCCCGGGAUGGGGAGCUUGGUUGUAAUAAAGAAGAUUAACUAAUACAAUGUAUCCAAACACAAUGUACAGGUGUGCUAACAGCGACAGCCAGCUAUAGGAUCCAAACACAAUGUACAGGCGCGCUAACAUUGUCUUUUUUUUUGCCCAACUAUUGUAAUGCGAGUACGAGGUUUGGAAGUAGCUGCUGUUUUUAGCUGUAAUAUCUUUUGUAUAUCAGAUAUGUGAAAUGUUCGGGGUUGGGGAGCCAUUUUGGAUUCUGUCUAUUGUAACAGCCAGCUAUAGCAUCCGAACACAAAUGUAUAGGCAGUUUGUUUUGCCAUUUUGGAUUCCAUCUUUUGUAAUCCUAGUAUGAGGUUUGGAAGUAGCUGCUGUAUUUUUGGUUGUAAAUGUCUGUACAGUAAAAAGAUUUCCGGAAAAAAAAUAGAUCGUAUGGUUACUUAUUGCUAUUA